GUCUCUGGCCUCCGGGGCCGCCGAGAGAGGACUCCGGUUGUCCCCGGGCACGGGAAGCUCAGGGGCUGAGAGGGAGCCUCAGCGCGAAUGUCCCCCACUCCUUUCCCGUCCCAGACGUGCGGGCCUCUGGACCGCCACGGCUCUCCGGGGAGAAAGUGGGGGCCGUGGGAAAGGAGGCCGUGCUUUUCCCCCGGGGAUUGGGGCCUGCGAUGUAUUUUUCGAGCGUCCACACUCAAGUAUCCGAGGGUCCGUCGUCGCGCUCCUCAGCCUCGCGGUAGCUUGUUUGCCGGCCUAUUAGGAGCGAUCCGGGGCUGACGACACGGACUCCCGGAACCGCUUUUGGGUCUUUGGGAGGAUAACUGAAAUUCACAUUUACCAAACCAAGAAAACUUGAAAAUGAGCAGCAGAAGGAAACGUGCUCCUCCAGUGAGGAUAGAUGAAGAAAAGCAGCAGCAGCUUCAUUGGAAUAUGCAUGAGGACAGAAGGAAUGAACCUCUCACCUUAACUGAUGAUGAGUAUCCCUGCCCAGAUUCAGAUGCCACUUCUGCUCAUUGCAUCAUCCUAGAUGAUAGUCUAAAGGAAGAGGUGGCUCACAGAGAUAAGAAGAGGUGUUCAGAGGGAGUGAGCUUCUCAAAAUCAAUUGAGAAAGAAGAGACUGUUGGUAUUUUUUCCCCUUUGUCUGUAAAACUGAGUAUUUUGAUUACUCCAUAUCACUUUGAUAAUUCUUGGAAAGCACUUCUGGGAGAAUUAACUCUACAGCUUCUUCCUGAACAGAGUUUAAUUGAAAAUUUUUCUGAAAGGAGUUUUACUUUGAUGAGUUCAGAGUCAAGCAAUCAGUUCCUGAUCUAUGUUCAUUCAGAAUGCGAAGAUGUAGAGAAACCAGAAAAAGGACUCAAAGAACCAAUCCAUGCUUGUGACAAGAGUAUUCUAGUGGAAUCAUCCUUCAGUGGUGAAAUGUUAGAAGAUUUGGGGUGGCUACAAAAGAAGAGAAGGAUAAAACUUUACCAAAGACCAGAAGGAAAUCACAUUAUCAAGGUUGGAAUUUAUCUUUUGGAAGCUGGCCUAGCAAAACUAGACUUUUUGAGUGAUGCAAAUUCAAGAAUGAAAAAGUUCAAUCAGCUCAUGAAGAGAGUGAUGGAAAAGUUAUACAAUUUUAUUAUUCUAGAUGCAUCGGAAGAGGAUGAUGAAGAUUCAGAGAAUGAACCAGAGGGACAGGACAUUGAUGAGCUCUAUCACUUUGUGAAGCAGACACAUCAACAAGAAACACAGUCCAUCCAAAUGGAUGUCCAGCAUCCUGCACUGACCCCUGUGUUGAGACCCUACCAGAGAGAGGCUGUCAAUUGGAUGCUACAACAAGAGUAUUUCAGAAGCACUCCUACUGAAAGUACCCUGCACUUCUUAUGGCGAGAGAUUAUUACAUCUGAGGGUUUGAAACUCUACUAUAAUCCAUACACAGGCUGCAUCAUUCGUGAAUUCCCAAAUUGUGGGCCACAGUUGCUUGGUGGAAUCUUAGCAGAUGAGAUGGGCCUUGGAAAGACAGUGGAGGUUUUGGCUCUGAUUCUGACACAUACUCGACAAGAUGUCAAACAAGAUGCUCUCACUCUUCCUGAGGUAGGAGGAGUAUAUCAAGGAGUGAAGAAAGAUGGCUUUUUACAGCCUCAUUUUUUGGCAGAACAGGAUAUAGUUAUCAUUACCUAUGAUGUCCUUCGUUCAGAACUAAACUAUGUCGAUAUCCCACAUAGCAAUAGUGAGGAUGGGCGUCGCUUACGGAACCAGAAACGCUAUAUGGCUAUUCCCAGCCCCCUAGUAGCUGUGGAGUGGUGGAGGAUCUGCCUUGAUGAAGCUCAGAUGGUUGAAUGUCCUGCAGUAAAAGCUGCAGAAAUGGCCCAGCGUUUGAGUGGGAUUAAUCGGUGGUGCAUCAGUGGCACUCCAGUACAGAGAGGAUUGGAGGAUCUUUUUGGGUUAGUGGUCUUUCUUGGUAUUGAACCUUACUGUGUCAAACACUGGUGGGUUCGACUUCUCUAUCGCCCUUACUGUAAGAAGAAUCCUCAGCACCUCUACAGCUUUAUUGCUAAGAUACUGUGGAGGUCUGCAAAGAAAGAUGUGAUUGACCAAAUCCAGAUACCACCACAGAGUGAAGAAAUACACUGGCUCCACUUUUCUCCAGUGGAAAGGCAUUUCUAUCACCGUCAACAUGAGGUGUGCUGCCAGGAUGCAGUGGUAAAACUCAGGAAGAUUUCCGACUGGGCUCUGAAGCUCAGCAGCCUGGACAGAAGGACUGUCACCUCCAUCCUGUAUCCAUUGCUGAGGCUCAGACAGGCCUGCUGCCACCCACAGGCCGUUCGUGGGGAGUUCUUGCCACUCCAAAAAAGCACCAUGACAAUGGAAGAACUGCUGACAUCUUUGCAAAAGAAAUGUGGAACUGAAUGUGAAGAAGCACAUCGGCAGCUAGUUUGUGCCCUCAAUGGUUUAGCAGGCAUCCAUAUCAUUAAAGAUCUUUUUGGGUUAGUGGUCUUUCUUGGUAUUGAACCUUACUGUGUCAAACACUGGUGGGUUCGACUUCUCUAUCGCCCUUACUGUAAGAAGAAUCCUCAGCACCUCUACAGCUUUAUUGCUAAGAUACUGUGGAGGUCUGCAAAGAAAGAUGUGAUUGACCAAAUCCAGAUACCACCACAGAGUGAAGAAAUACACUGGCUCCACUUUUCUCCAGUGGAAAGGCAUUUCUAUCACCGUCAACAUGAGGUGUGCUGCCAGGAUGCAGUGGUAAAACUCAGGAAGAUUUCCGACUGGGCUCUGAAGCUCAGCAGCCUGGACAGAAGGACUGUCACCUCCAUCCUCACCAUGACAAUGGAAGAACUGCUGACAUCUUUGCAAAAGAAAUGUGGAACUGAAUGUGAAGAAGCACAUCGGCAGCUAAGACUUCAUGCUACCCAUAACUUGAUGGAAUUGUUGAUAGCCAAGCACCCAGGGAUACCUCCUACCCUGCGAGAUGGCAGACUUGAAGAAGAGGCCAAACAACUGCGAGAGCACUAUAUGAGCAAGUGUAAUACAGAAGUUGCUGAAGCCCAACAAGCUUUACAGCCUGUGCAGCAGACCAUACGUGAACUUCAAAGAAAAUUACUUCAUGAAUAUUGGAUGGCUCUGAGGAAUCGUGUAUCUGCUGUUGAUGAACUUGCAAUGGCUACAGAACGACUAAGAGUGCGUGAUCCUAGGGAGCCCAAACCCAGUCCACCUGUUCUUCAUAUCAUAGAACCACAUGAGGUAAUUUGCAUAUUUACUGACUGUAGAGGUCUUCAGUUCUUACUUACAACACAAAUGGAAGAGCUAUAUAAAUUCCAGAAGCUAGUAAGAGAAGCUGUAAAAAACCUGGAGGGACCUCCAUCUCGUGAUGUUAUUGAAUCUGCAACAAUCUGCCACCUCCGACCAACUCGACUUCCUCUCAACUGCUGUGUCUUUUGUAAAGCUGAUGAAUUAUUCACAGAGUAUGAAUCAAAGCUAUUUUCUAACACAGUCAAAGGCCAGACUGCAAUAUUUGAGGAGAUGAUAGAAGAUGAGGAAGGACUGGUAGAUGAUAGAGUACCUACCACCACCCGGGGUCUGUGGGCAAUAAGUGAAACGGAACGAUCUAUGAAAGCAAUACUAUCAUUUGCAAAAUCACAUAGAUUUGCUGUUGAAUUCAUUGAUGAAGGAAGUACUUCAAUGGAUCUCUUUGAAACAUGGAAGAAGGAAUAUAAGUCUCAGGACAAAACGUCGGGAGGUAUUAAUCCAGAACCUUGCCCAAUCUGUGCUCGACAACUGGGAAAACAGUGGGCAGUAUUGACCUGUGGACACUGUUUCUGUAAUGAAUGCAUUUCUAUAAUUAUUGAACAGUACAGCGUGGGGUCUCACAGAAGCUCCAUUAAGUGUGCCAUCUGUCGCCAGACCACAUCUCACAAAGAGAUCUCAUAUGUCUUCACCUCAGAGAAAGCAAGCCAGGAAGAAGACAUUCCUGUGAAGGAGAAACACAAGAACAUGGUUAGCAAUAGUCAUGCCUGUUAUGGCAAAAAGGAGAACCUUUCAGCAUUUAAACGUGAUCCCCAAAUCAAUAUUUUGCUGCUGCCCCUGCACACAGGUUCUAAUGGAUUAACUAUCAUUGAAGCAACUCAUGUUCUCUUGGUGGAGCCCAUAUUGAACCCUGCCCAUGAGCUUCAGGCCAUAGGGAGGGUGCACCGAAUUGGACAGACAAAUCACACGAACUCAUCAGUGAAGCAUUCAGAGGCCUCCGUCUUGACCGUGGCUGAUCUGGCAGACCUGUUUACCAAAGAAACCGAAGAGCUUGAAUGAAUUACACUUGACUCAAUCCACAGACUUCAAUGUAUUAAUAAACUUUCAUAACUGUAGAGCAAAGUUGUAAGUUUAAAACUCUAGUAGAUGUCAGUAAACACUGUUACUAGUUGAAUGAAUUUGUUUCUUGUUUUUGGUUAUACAAUGGCCUAGUACUUAUUGAAUUGUCUUCAGUAUACUGUUUUCAGAAGAUC